UUUUUUUCCCACACACAUAGCUGACGUACAUGUCUGAAUUAUGGUGUUGUCACACAGCACGACGAUACCGCCACGCUUUGUUAAACGACGCCAUUGCUUUUCGCGACGUUUUGUCCGGGCUUCAAACACCCGGCAGGCGGGACUUGUUGACACCAGGACAGGCGGGACUUGUUGAUACUGUCCGGGGGAAAGUUUUCGCCACCACCCAAAAGAAAAAGAAAGUUCAAACCGGCUGAAACGUCGAAAGUUUUGGGUUGUUUUUUUUUUUUUAAGUGAAUUGUGUGUUUGAAGAAGUGGUGGAGUUUGAAAAAAUGCUACCUGACAGGCUUCGGGCUCGUUUGGUGACGCGUGAACAGCCUCAGACAUGGAUUUCAAAGUGGUGUUUACAUCCUUGGAGGAAACGUGUGAAGAGAACAUCGCUGCUUUUUCUGAACUCACGGAUCUUCAACAGCGCGAUGUUUCCCAGCGCUUGGUGGCGUGCAUGAAACAGAUUCAGGAGCACAGUCGAGCCCUUGAGCCCAUGGUCGACAGUUUUACUGCCAUCUUCCACCAUUAUGACUUUGACCAACAAACACCAGGAAAUGGCUAUCGCUCCUUGAUCAAGGUCUUAACGGCAUGCCUCGUUCACAUCAUCCAAAAGGCUCGCUACAUCGCCGCAAACCACAAGAGCACCUUCUUCAGAGCGGACCACAAUGUCUCGGAGAUGGAGGCCUACUGCAGCGCGCUGUGCCAGCUGCGGGCACUUAUCUACCUGGCCAAGCGCCUCAUCAACGACAACGACUUGGGCCAGCUGUAUUCCCUGCAAGACUGCGACCUGAGCCACAAGUUUGUGCAGGAGUACAGCUCCAUGCACAAAGCCUGUUUCUAUGGCCGAUGUCUGGGCUUCCAGUUCUCGCCAAGUCUUCGUCCGUUCCUCCAGACUGUUGUCAUAAGCAUGGUCUCAUACGGUGAGGCUUAUGGUAAAAAGCAAUCAGGGCUGGGUUUGGCAGCCCUGUCUCUCCUCACAUCGGGAAAGUAUGUCAUAGACCCAGAGCUGCGCGGUGCAGAGUUUGAACGCAUAACGCAAAACCUGGACAUGCAGUUUUGGAAGUCGUUCUGGAACAUCACAGAGUCCGAGUUUGUAACAGUAGGCAGGGGUUUCAGCAGAAUAGCCUCUUACACCGUUCAGGUCAACCUGUCCUUGACGCUGCCUCCUGUCCCUUUAAGCCUCCCCCUGGUUGCCGACCCGAGUCGGUUUGCUAAUGUGUCCCCUCCACUGGCACACUGGGGGCCCGGGCCAGUCGACAUGCGUCUGAUAUCCUACGUGAUUCGAGAAGGACAGCACAGUGAGGAGCUGUUGUCUUUGUUAAGCAUUGGUUCUCCCCCCGUCUCUACUUACCGCGCCCCGUGGGCGCGCAACCAACCUCCAUCCCCUUGGCUGCUCAUCCACUUCCACGGAGGCGGCUUUGUGGCACAGACUUCCAAAUCACAUGAGAAUUAUCUACGAAGAUGGUCGAAGGAGUUGAAUGUUCCCAUUCUCUCUGUGGACUACUCUCUGUCUCCUGAAGCACCCUUUCCCAGAGCUCUGGAGGAAUGUUUCUAUGCGUACUGCUGGGCCUUGAAAAACUGCCACCUGCUUGGUUCGACGGCAGAGCGGGUCUGCCUGGCAGGGGACAGCGCCGGGGGCAACCUCUGCAUCACCGUGUCUAUGAAGGCCAUGACGUGCGGCAUCCGUGUCCCCGACGGCCUCAUGAUCGCCUACCCCGCCACCCUGCUCACCAUAGACGCCUCGCCCUCCCGCCUGCUCACACUCAUUGACCCGCUGUUGCCUUUGGGUGUUCUUGCCAAGUGCCUGGAUGCCUAUACGGGCGUGGAAUCUGGGACCGUGCAGGCUGUCGUGGGAGACAACAGUCUGAGCGCUCUGGGCAGAGACACCACCGCGGUGCUCAACGACCUCACUCAGGGCGCCGCCAACUGGCUCCAGUCCUUGCUGGACCCCAUGCAGCCCACAGGUAUCACCCGCUGGCGGUCGGCAAGGCACAGAGAGUCCGCACGCAGGAUGUUGAAGCACACGUCGCCGGCCGACUCCCAAGCUCACGUGGAGUACCCAGAGGGCUUUGAGCCUCUGCGCUCCCAAUGCCGCGCAUUCGUCCAGCCCAUAUCCUGCCCCAUCAUCAGGAACCCCUUUGUGUCGCCGCUGCUGGCUCCUGAAAGUCUGCUGCGAGGCCUGCCGCCUGUCCACAUCGUGGCUUCUGCUCUGGACGCCCUACUGGACGAUUCUGUGAUGUUCGCCAAGAAGCUGCGAGACAUGGGCCAGCCUGUGACCCUCACGGUGGUGGAGGACCUCCCCCACGGCUUCCUCAGCCUGUCGCAGCUCUCCAAGGAGACAGAGUACGCCACGGAAAUCUGCCUCAGCAAAAUGAGGGAGGUUUUUGAGCCAGAAGGCCAGAAAACCGACGCUGAGAACGGUGAAAAGGAGAGUCUGCCGGAGGAUCCUCCAACAGCGGAGGAUCCUCCAACAGCGGAAGAUCCUCCAACAGCGGAAGAUCCUCCAACAGCGGAGGAUCCUCCAACAGCGGAGGAUCCUCCAACAGCGGAGCAUCCUCCAACAGCGGAAGAUCUUCCGCUGUUGGAGCAUCCUCCAACAGCGGAGGAUCCUCCAACAGUGGAAGAUCCUCCAACAGCGGAAGAUCCUCCAACAGCGGAAGAUCCUCCAACAGCGGAGGAUCCUCCAACAGCCGAGGAUCCUCCAACAGCCGAGGAUCCUCCAACAGCCGAGGAUCCUCCAACAGCCGAGGAUCCUCCAACAGCGGAAGAUCCUCCGCUGUUGGAGGAUUCUCCAACAGCGGAGGAUCCUCCAACAGCGGAGCAUCCUCCAACAGUGGAGGAUCCUCCAACAGCCGAGGAUCCUCCAACAGCGGAAGAUCCUCCAACAGCGGAAGAUCCUCCGCUGUUGGAGCAUCCUCCAACAGCGGAGGAUCCUCCAACAGCGGAGUAA